UGUUAUUUCUUCGUAUGUUGGUAAUGUAUACACGUAUACCUAAUGAUCACUCUAAUACGUUUAACAUUUACAACAUUUUCAAGUGAAAUAUCGUGAACGAUUUGAAGUAUUCCUGAGUUUUGAAUAAUUGGUAAAAUGGACGACGAAAUGGAUGUUAUGGGACUGCUACGUAGUUUGCAACGAGAAAUGGCGAAGAAUAAGUUAUCACCGAGGGACAUUUCACAAAUUAUAUUCCAGUGGUAUUUGAAGAAAAUGGGAUUCAUCCAGGUCGAUGACGAGAAAUUUGAACUGAGAGCCUUAGGCAUGAACACUCCGUUCGAAUUUAAAUCGAGGAUUGAUGACUACAUCGUUGGAUUAACACGUCUUAAUAAUCCGCAUUAUACUUCGGCGUCACAUGGUUUCGGUUUCCAUACAUGGGACUCUUUGAAUCUAGAGGAAUCCCGUGUCGAGAGAUACUUGAAGAAAUUACGCGAUGAAAUGAAGAGGUUGCACUCCAACUUACGAAAAGUUUGGGAGGAUAUUGAAGACGACGAUACAACAUCGGAAGUGGAAACAGAAUAGACUGAAUGCCGCACUGUCCUCAUGGAACUUACUUCCUACACAGCACACGCCAGAAAUUUCCGUUCAAAGUUCAAAGACUCCUGGCAUAUACUUAGGCAAACAAGUUGUUAUAUUGAAGACAUUUAUCAGCUAUCUUAUCUUCAGUGUGAAGAUGUAAAGAAUAAUCAAUUACCUACCCCCAUAAAUGCAGUUUUAAUUUAUUUUGUUCUCCACUAAAAUUUGAUCAAUUAAUCUGUAAUUUUUGGCAAUUUCAUUGAUACAUAAUUUUUAAUUAUAAACAUUUUUCAUGGCAUUUCAUCGAAUUACAAGUUUUUUCGU